GUUCAUCAGCUACAACUUGAAUCCUGCUAUCAUCUGGCGGGGUUACCCCGCGAUCUGCACCGCAUCCAUCAAAAAUUGACAGACCAACACGAAAAUGUCCGCAGUUCAUCGACUAGCUUCAAUGGCCAUCACAGUUUUAUUCAAAAGUCAUGCGGGGAUUUCCGAGCAGUCAAUGAGUCAAGUCCUGCAACAAUCCCCUAAGGGAUCAAAUAUUCACACCCAUAGCCGGGGCCAGAUCAAGUAGUAGCAGGAUGGGCAUGCGACAGCUCUCCUUCUCCAUCUGUCAGGCCCACCUCGUGCAGCGCAAGUCUUCUGACACGGACCUCUCUCGGACUCGCCUAAACCUUGUUAGCCAUGCACGGUAUGACUUCAUUUCCGUCGUGGUGAUUCCUUUAUUCCGCCUCAGACAUGAAAGAACGUGGGGUGGCAAGCAGGGCCAUGGCUCUCGGAUUGCCAUGUUCGAGCUCAAGCUUGCUCGGCAAGAUGUCCGAAUUCUGGGCCCUUACGGCUCGCAAUUUCCGACGGAACUAUUGGACAACGCCAACAGAACACUCCUUGCUACCUUGCGAGAGGGUUCGUCUUCUCCGGUUGUCGGCACUAUUAAGCGUGACAUCGGACCCUCUAUCACGUGGAUGAGCUUGUUGUUGAUGUUCCUUCCAUGA